UGCCUCGCUCAAUCAGAUAUUGCGAUUGGAUGCAUGUGAUCUAGGGUGCAGAGAAAAUGCAAUUUGCAAUUGGCUCAUCUGUUUCAAGGAGGGGUUAACCGAGAUAACCCGGAAAAGGAGGAAGAACAGCGCCUCAGUUCCGAGUCCGAUCGUGGACUUAUCAUGGCUGGAGCUGGAGGUGACAAGCCAUUCGCCAAGGCCGGCCCAAGCCCUUUAUCUCGGGUUUUGAGAAUCAGUCAGCUGGAUGCUUUUGAACUGGAUGGUGCACUGGAACAGCUUGUUUGGUCACAGUUCACCCAAUGCUUCCAGCAUUUCAAGCCUGGGCUCUUAACCCCUGUGGAACCAGAACUCAAGGCCCUUCUCCAACUCCUCUUGUGGAGGUUCACCAUCUUCUCUAACAGUGCCACCGUUGGCCAAUCACUGCUCAACAUCCGGUACAAAAACUCUCUUAUCCCAGGACAGAAGUACCGUCCCAUGAGUCGGCCACAAAAAUUCUGGUUUCUUCUGCUGACAGUCGGCGAAAAGUGGUUGAGAGAGCGCUCCCAUAGCUUGUUCCUCAACCACCCUGCAGAAUCCAACGCCCACAAGGCCCGAAAGGUACUCAGCAUCUUGAUGGGCCUUACCAAAGUGGCCAGCCUGGUCAACUUCCUACUGUUCCUCCAAAGAGGAACCUAUCCAACACUUACCGAAAGAUUGCUGGGAGUGCAGCCAGUCUUCAGUCGACCCCAAGGACCACGAGGCAUCAACUUCCAGUUCUUGAACCGGGAGCUGUUGUGGCAUGGCUUUGCCGAGUUUCUUAUCUUUCUGCUGCCUCUCAUAAACAUGUGGAAGCUAAAGGCCAGUAUUGCCACUCUGUUCUCCCCUCUGAACGAACUGAGAGGAAUGGAAGGUUCGGAGGAGACCUACUGCACCGAGUGCGCCGUCUGUGGGGAGUGGCCCACAAUGCCCCAUUCAGUCGGCUGCAACCACGUGUUCUGCUACUACUGCCUCAAGAGCCACACGAUCGCUAACAUCUGCUUUACCUGCCCCAAAUGUGGCACAGAGACUGGAACGAUAGAGCCAGUCAGGCUUCAUGUAGGAACAGAGUUGCAUCAGAGUUGAGACCAGUCUUCUGAUUGACUUGAGAUACACAUACAGCAGGAGAACUUGAGACCAAGUUUAACAUCUGAGUCUAUCACAGAGAUUGGUUGAUGAAGGUAUAUGGCUUGUACCUUCUUCUGAAAUGAGAUCAUUUGUUGCCAUGAAAUAUGCAGAAUUUUGUACAAAGAGACAAACUUGAUGUAAAAUUCUAAAAAAACAUAAUUUGUGUCACUAAUUUAUUCACCCUCAUUAAAGUUUGAUAGAAACUGUG